AUGGUCGGUCAACUCGCUCCGGUGUCGGAAGAGCCCGUCGGCGAGGAGGGCUCCGAGAAGCUAGGCAAGAAGAAGGCCAGUCCCUUCCGUGAGCUCAUCCUCCAUAGGCUUCCCCAGUUCUUCCAGAAGAGGCCUCGCGACGGCGACCUGAGAGUCCUCCUCAGCGUCCUCGGUUGCCCCCUCUCUCCCGUCGAUCUCCCGCCGCUCCCCCGGGCACCACCAUCCCCGGAGGUAUAUUAAGCUCAAACUUAGGUUGAUUCAUUCCAGAGAUUCGAUAUGAUACGAUACUGUUCGUCGCAAUAUUCUACAUCCAACAGUGCUUGCACUCUCUCCCCUUCUAUCAUUCAUUCAGGUGUCGUCGAGGGCGCAGUACAUCCUACGGCAGUUCCGGGCGACGACGGGGAGCGCCGGGGUGGCCGGCAAGGUGAAGAGCGUCUACGCCUCCGGCAAGUUGAAGAUGGCCACCGUCUCCGACGAGCACCGACCGGCGGCGGGCGGCGCCUGUUACGAGGGCUGCUUCGUUCUCUGGCAGAUGGUUCCCGGCAUGUGGCUGGCGGAAUUCGUGGUCGCCGGCCGGAAAGUCACCGCCGGCAGCGACGGCGUGGUCGCGUGGCGGCGCACCCCGUGGCUCCGCACCCACGCAGCCCCCGGCGGUGCGCGGCCCCUGCGGCGCUUCCUACAGGCAAGAGCACCCAUCCCUCUCCUUCCUCCCCACAGAGUUUAGGCUCAUCCUUGACCCUUAGAAGAAAAGCCCGGCCCGCCAUAUGAGAGUAUCAGUUGCCCUCAUACGGUAGGAAGAACGGGUCGGUACUUUUCGGGCUUUUCAGAACAGUUGGGGCCAAAUUUGGCCCGCUACAGUCUCCUUUUAGAACCACGAGUCUUCCUUUGCAGAAAAUCGGGCCGCACUGAGGUUUCGGGCCGAAUCCAUGCUCCUUAUCUAACGCCAACAUCACAUGAUUCAGGCCAGUGCAUUGGCUGUUCACGUGCCCCCCAUCCCACACUACAGCUAAGUUAAUAAAUGCCAUCAUUUAAGUAGUUGUUACACAACCAUGUUAUCAUUAUAAUAAUCUUUGGGCUUCAAACUCUUCGGCAUUAAUGGCUGCAUGUGAAGUUGUCAACGGGCCAGCCCGGGCUUUGCAAAGUCCACUGAGAGGCUGAGAAUCUUUAAGAGCUCAGGCCUGGAGCAAGAGAGAGUCUCAGUGCCAGGUGUAAACUCAACCCUUUCUAAACUGCAGGGUUGAGGGGGGGUGGUGGCAGGUAGCGUGACACUAAUAGGUUGGGAAUUUGACCAAUAGUUCAAGGAAGAUCAUCAGGGAUGCAGUAGCGAUAAGAGGUCAAUGGUAAAUGAUUCAAGCCAUCAUAUUGGAUCAGAUACAAUUGGUCUGAGAUAUAACGGGGUUGGGUGUAAUAAGUUAAGGAUCCGAGGAAUUGGGUAAGGGCAGGUAGCAUGUCACUAAUAAUUAGGGAAUUUGACCAAUGGUUCGAGGAAGAUCAUAAGGGAUGCAGUAGCGGUAAGGAGUCGAUGAUAAAUAAAUCAAUCGCUCGGUUUCCUUCUUACUGUCGAUCUUAUUGGAUCAGAUAUAAUUGAUCUGAGAUGUAACGGGGUUGGGUUUAAUAAAUUAAGGAUCCGAGGAAUUGGCUAAGGGCAAUGCUGAUGAUGUUGCCAAUCCAAAUCGGUGGUUCUGAUUUGGAUUGGCCAAUAUCGAGCAAAAGUGUUACCAAUCGAUCGGGUUCUAUGAGCUUUUACACAUGUUGGAAGGACCAGACUGAUCAAUUAGUAUACUCGUUCACACUAUAGGAAAUCUAUCAGAUUUUUUAAAGCAUGAGGGUAGUAAUCUGUGGAUAAUAUUUUUAUAUGCUUAAUCAGACUUGGGACAUUGAUCUCAAUCAGUAACUCAAGUGUUCUAUCCGCCUAAGAUGAAGACUGAUUCUUUUGGCAGGGGUUGGACCCAGCGCUGGUGGCGGCGUCCUUCUCCGCCGGAGAGUUCAUCGGAGAGGAGCAGGUGGAGGGCGAGGAGUGCUUCGUGCUGAAGCUGGCCGCCGACGACCGGACACUCUCGCAGAGAAGCAACGGUGCGACGGAAAUCAUCAAGCACUACAUGCUGGGUUACUUCAGCCAGAGGAGCGGCCUCCUCGUGUGCCUGGAGGACUCCCAGAUAACCCGCCUCCAGCAGUUGGGCCUACCCCCGGUGUACUGGGAGACGGCCACUCGGUCAUACCUCGGCGACUACCGCCCAGUCGACGGGGUCAUGGUCGCCCACGCCGGUCGGUCGGCGGUGACCAUGGCCAGGGUGGGCGCCGGCGGCAUUGCGAGAGUCGGGAUAACGGAGAUGGAGGAAACGUGGGUGAUAGAUGACGUCGCCUUUGACGUACGGGGCCUCUCCGCCGAGAGCUUCAUCCUCCCGGAGGAGAUCCGGGGGUCUUGA